AUGUCUUCAGAACCAGCCUCACCUUCAAGCAUAUCUUCCGACGAAGAAAUAAUAACCCGCACCAUGGGAGACGUAGUGAAAGAUUAUAAUACUGAAGAACUUAUCGAAUACUUACGCAGAAAGAAUUUAAAGCUUAAUGAAGCUCAUUUUGAAAUUUUUCGGCAAGAAGAGAUUUCUGGCAUAUCUUUUUUGGAAUUAACUAAAGAUGACUUUAUAAACUUUGGAUUUAAAGGUGGCCCUUCCAUUAUAUUGGCAAAAUUUGUUGAAGAGCUUAAAGAACAAAAGCUACGUUCUUUUUCGUCUUACAAAACCGUAGAGGAGCUAAAAGAGUUGCCACGUGAGUAUAAGGUUAAUGGAGAUAACAUUACGUACAUAAAACAAUUCAUUCCAAUUUUUGAGAAAAUCGAUGACGACGACGAGGCCCUUAAACAAUGUUUCUCAGAAAUUACAUUACGACUUUCGCAGAUAAAAUCAAUGACUGACGCUAACGAAGCCACUCGGCGUACUUUUAUCGAAUCCAUAUUGCAUGCAUCAAUUGCUAUUGCUAGAAGGCGAACCAAUAAGGAAAUAGAUAUCGAAUAUCAGAGAGAAGUUUCUGGCGAAGAGUCAACUGGACGAGUAGACUUUGCGAUAAGUGGGAUAGAAGACCUCUUGUGUAUCACUGAGGGCAAACCAAGAAAUAUAAAAAUAGGAUAUCUUCAGAAUAUAAAACAACUCGAAAGCUCCUUUCAUACAAACAAAAAACGAACUGCGGACCAAGCAUUCAACAACGACGGAUAUGAUUAUCUUUACGGUAUUGUAUCUACCGGAGUAGAUUGGCAUUUUAUCAUGUUUACAUCGGACGGGUUAUAUUGCACAAGUAAAUCCGAAUAUCAAAUAGAUCUCACGAAAAAAGUGAUUAGAGAAAACCAGGAAAUUUUACGAAAUAAUAUAAAGGAAAUAAUUGGCAUAAUUGUUGGAUUAUUAAAAGACAGAGUAACAGUAUGUGAUAAACCUGAAAGUAAGAGACGUCGGGUACAGGAAAAAAUAAAAUAG